AUGUCAGGCAAGCUUCCGCAGACGAAGGACAUUGUGAAUGGGGCCUUUGGGUUGGUGAAAGAGUAUAGUAAGUUGGCGAGCGAACUCCCACUGGAUGACUAUGACUACCACAUGGCCUUCCCUGGGUUUAGGCAGCAAAUCCGUCGACACAGCGAUUCACUUGUUGAGUUCAUGGACAGAUGUUGUCAGCUACUUCCCGAAAAACGGCGAACGACGUUCCAGGAAGGUACGGACACUUUGACAGACCAGCGGCGCGCAGCGGUCAUGGAGGCGGUGGAUUCGCUUUUGGAGAAUGUUGAUGGGUUGCUGGAUGAUUUGAAAGGAAGGCGGUUGAAUGCAAAAGAGCAGCUAUCUGUAACAUUUGGUUCUGAGCUGCAAAUCUCUUCCUCUGCCGUAGGUGGGGGUGACUAUGUAGUUCGUCCGCAACUGACGUUUGAUCAACCUGUGGACAACCGUCCCACACCGUUUUCUCCUGUUUACUACGAUGAGAAGGGUGAACGGCAUGUGGCACAGCCUGGUGUGCACCCAUUUGCGGAGGUGAUUAAAAAGUUGUCUAUUCCUGAGGAGCAAUUGAUUGGUUGUGCAGAAACGCCAUAUCUUCCUUUAGCUGCAUGUCCACUUCUUUUUGUGGAUUCCACGGCUGACCUUGAGGAGGUUGUGCUUGCACUCCUGAAGGAGAAGGAGAUUGCAGUGGAUUUGGAGCAUCAUGAUUUCUACUCCUAUCAGGGCUUUACAUGUCUUAUGCAGAUCAGUACUCGGAGGGAAGAUAUCGUGAUUGAUUGUCUUAAAUUGCGCUCGUCGAUGCAUCUGUUAGCACCUGUGUUUUUGAGUCCCAGUAUAUUAAAAGUCUUCCAUGGAGCACGCGAAGACGUUCGGUGGUUACAGAAAGACUUUGGACUUUAUCUUGUGAAUUUUUUUGAUACAGGGAUAGCUCUGCAAGUGUUGCACAUGCCACACAGCUUAGCUUUUGCUGUGGAUCAUUUUUGUCAAGUGAAACUGAACAAAAAGUAUCAAACGGCAGAUUGGCGUAUUAGACCCAUUCCAGCGGAAAUGGUGGCAUACGCCCGGCAGGAUACCCAUUUCCUCCUAUACGUAUAUGAUCGGUUAAAGACGCUUCUUCUUAAUAGCGAGGGUCGGGCCUCAAUAGGGAAUCUGCUUGUGCACGUGAUGAAUGAGAGCCGUCGAUUGUCGCUGGAGCUUUACGAGAAGCCACAACUAGACCCUGACGCAACGUAUAAAAUUGCCCUGGGGAGAAGCUUGGGUGGGUUGUCUUCCACACAAAUGCAGGUGGCACGAGACGUAUUUAAUUGGCGAGAUGCCGCCGCCAGAGAGGUUGAUGAUUCGCCUUCGGCUGUUUUACAUCUUUCCGCUGUGUUGAGCAUUGCUACCAAACUCCCGACUUCUGCCAAUGACAUUCUUAAAUGUUGUACCCCGGUGAGUAUGGUGGUGCGCACCAAUGUGAUGAAGCUCGUUCAGCUUGUGAAAAAUGCGGUGGGCAAUGAUGCCAUUGCACAAAAGCCAGAGUUCGAGACAAAGCUUAAACCUGCAUUGCGUAAUGUGGGGGCGAUGCCACGUGUGAUUGGUGUUUAUCGUCCUAUGACAGGAACGCUUCCGUCCAUAGAGCAGCGGCCACGUCCAUCGUUUCUGAAGGAGGAGACUGCCGCGGUGCAGCUUACGGCGCCUUCUGCAUGGUUUAAAGCUAUGUGCAACCUUGCUGCCGUUUUUCGAGACAAGCGUCUUCCAACCAUCGCGCUUCCCGGUCACGAUGUGGUGGUGGCGUUAAUGCGGGCAAAUACGGUGGAGAAGCGCUCACGAGAUACCACGGAGAUAACAGAGAAAUGUGAAGCUAUAAGCACUGUGUCAGAUGAAAAGGCACAUGGGGAUGAUAUCCACAAUGAGGAUGCGGAAGAAGUUGCAAUGCGAGGAGAGGAGGACACGACGGUUGGCAAUCGAGAUGCGUGUGAGGCGGAGGAGGAUAUAAAAGAAAAAGAAGCAAACGGAAAGGAUGGAGCCAAGGGUCAGACGAUGAAACUCGAGGAGAAGGCUGUCGCGCUUAGACAGGUGUACGGUACAGGGGGUGCGAAUCGCAAAAGGGCGAAGGUGGAUAAGCUCAAGCGGACUGGUGGUUCGUAA